UACAUGUCUCAAAAACUUCUCUCAAUUUGGGAAAAGAAAGACAGCAAAGAAGAGAGGAAUGGCUGCUACUACUUCCUCCAUCUUUGCAGCUACAGUCCUGAUCUUGUUCGCGGUAACUUCCGCAGCGGCGAAUUGGGACGAGGAAGCUCCCACGUCGGAGCUCAUCCAUGUCUCCGGCAAGGUCCUCUGCCAGGACUGCCAGAAGAGCUACAAAGACUGGAUCAGCGGCGAAAGACCCAUCAAAGGCAGCACGGUGUCGCUGACGUGCAUGGACGACCGGAAGCGGGUGCAUCACUACGACAGCGACUUGACCGACGAGCGAGGGGAGUACGAGAUGGUGGUGAGCAAGUACGUCAACGGGAAGCGACUGAACGAGAAACAAUGCUGGGUCAGGCUGGUGAGCUCCCCUGAUUCCGACUGCAACGUUCUCACCGACUUCGCCGGAGGGAAGUCCGGCGUCAGACUCAGCCAGCCCACGUCGGCGUACCGUGGCACCACCAAGUACGACGUCGGAUCGUUCUACUACACGCACCCAAGGUGCGAGCGACCGGAGAUUGGCGAGUCUGAUGACAAAUCCGGUGACGAUCAGGAGUACUAUCGUUACCCUGAAACCAAAUACUGAUAUUUUUCUGUUUUAAACGUGUAUUAUUUCGCUAUUUAGAACGACUAAAUUGAAAUGAUUUUG